UACUAGACAUGUACUACACAACUGUUCCAUACAAGACAGUUCGUUAACGCCGAAUGUCGUUUGCUCAGUCAUACCUUAUUGCAUUCCUUAAUUUGGUUUUACUUACUUUUUUAUAAGUUAAACCGUUUAUAUUAAAAUCACCUAAUUAAGCUAAAUCUGUCAAAAUUUAAUUUAUUUUGUAAUCGCAAAAUGAAUAUCUUUGCUGUACUGCUACUACUUACUCAUGUAAGUAUUAUUCUAGUGUCGAGGGUUCCUCAAGACAUAAACAAGAAAAUUAGACAAAUGAUUACUGAUGAUGGUUACCCGUUUGAGGAAUAUGAUUUGAAAACGCAAGAUGGUUAUUUUCUUAAAAUUCAUCGUAUACCAAGCGGGAAUGGAGAAAAAAUUAAUAGAAUCCAAGAAAAUAAGCCUAUUGCUUACCUCGUCCAUGCCCUUUUACAAAGUUCCAUAGAUUGGGUUUCUACUGGACAAAAUGUAUCCUUAGCAUAUCUGCUUGCUGACAAAGGAUUUGACGUGUGGUUGGGAAAUAAUCGAGGAACCAUUUUUUCCCAAAAGCAUCAAACUUACUCAACAACGAGUUCCAGUUUCUGGAACUUUAGUUGGCACGAAAGUGGUGUUAUUGACAUGCCCGAAACAAUAGACUUCAUUUUGAAUCAGACUGGAAAAAGUGAACUUUUUUUAGUAUGUUAUUCCCAGGCAUGUACUGAGCUAGUUGUCAUGGGAUCUCUGAAACCUGAAUACAAUAAGAAAAUAACUUUAGCUCUGAACAUGGCACCGCCUGUUUUUUUUGGGCAUAGUAAAGGACUUGGAUGGUUGAUAAUAAGGACUCUCGAUCAUUUAAUCUCACGGAACCAUGAUAAUGUUGCAAAUCACUUCGGCUUAACAGUGACACCCUCCAUGGUAUAUAUUUAUACCCUUCUUUUUAAAGAUAGAAGAUCAGCAUUUCGUAUUAUCGGCCUUAUAAAGAAUAUUUUUGGAAUCGACUCCAAUGGUGUAGAUUUGGAAGUUCUAAAAAAAGAAGUCUCAUACAUUCCUGGAGGAUGUUCUACAAAGCAAUUUCUGCACUACAAUUUCGGUAGAAAUCAUCCAGGUACUUUUCGUCAAUAUGAUUAUGGAAAAAGUGAAAAUAUGAAAAUAUAUAACUCAACAAUUCCUCCAGACUAUCCCCUGGAAAAAGUGACUAUACCCAUAGCCAUUUUUCAAGGGCUUCAAGAUUUUUUAGUUUCUCCGAAAGACAUUGAAACGCUAGUAAGAAAACUUCCAAAUGUUGUGUAUAGAAAAAAGUUCAAGAAAUUUAAUCACCUUAGUUUUACUAUAACCAGGGGAAUAAGAACACUCGUUUACGAAAAAAUUGCAGAUCUGUUUAUGAAUUACGGAAGAAUUAAAACUUGUCACAAGUAAAAACAAAUUAAACUGUUUUGUU